CUCUAGCGGCGCUCUGCUCGCGGCGCUGGGCUCGCCGGUGUCUGCCUCCGGUUGCGGGGCUCCCGGAAGUGGGGAGCGGGGUCGGGGCGGCGCUGCGCCCGCGUCCCUGGGAGCUGCGAUGCAGCGUGGCCUCGCGCGGUAGCGCGCGUGGAGGCUUGCCCGGCCCUGCCCGCCGCGGGCUUGCUCUGCGGGAUGAGGACGUCGGAGGAGCGCCUCUUAGCCCCGGACAGCCUCGCUGCUGACCAGGCUCCGGCCCCGGCGCCCCAGGCGUCCCCCGUGGCUACAGAUACAGCGUCUGAACUGGUGCCACCGCCGUGCGCUGGAGACCACCAGCCCCCGGCAGCCACCGAGGCCGUGGCUGGCCCGGCUGUGUCCCCGGAGCCGCCGCAGGGGGACCCAGGCUCUCCGUCCGCUCCCGUGGAAGUUCGUACUCCCCGUGUGUCGAGUCCUCGAACCGAGGAGCAAGGACUUUCGGAAAACGCGAGCCCUCCUGUAGAAGACAGGAUCCGGCCUGAGCUGGCGCCAGAAGAAGCCGUGGAAGGAGUGUCUGAGGAGCCGGCUGCGGUGGAUGAGGGGGACAUCUUCUGGAGCUACUGCUUCUCGCAGGCGCCCCGGUACCUCAGCGGGUCCUGGUCCGAGUUCGGCACCCACCCCGAGAACUUCUUGAAAGGUUGUAAGUGGGCCCCCGAUGGCUCCUGUAUCUUGACCAAUAGUGCUGACAAUGUCCUCCGGAUUUACAACCUCCCUCCGGAAUUGUACAGCGAAGGAGAGCAGACGGAAUAUGCAGAGAUGGUUCCUGUCCUCCGAAUGGUGGAGGGUGACACCAUCUAUGAUUACUGCUGGUAUUCUCUGAUGUCCUCCUCCCAGCCAGACACCUCCUAUGUGGCCAGCAGCAGCCGCGAGAACCCGAUUCACAUCUGGGACGCCUUCACGGGAGAGCUCCGGGCUUCCUUCCGCGCAUACAACCACCUGGACGAGUUGACAGCGGCCCACUCACUCUGCUUCUCCCCGGAUGGUUCCCAGCUCUUUUGUGGCUUCAACCGGACUGUGCGUGUGUUUUCCACAUCCAGGCCCGGCAGAGACUGCGAGGUGCGACCCACAUUUGCCAAGAAGCAGGGCCAGAACGGCAUCAUCUCCUGCAUGGCCUUCAGCCCGUCCCAGCCCCUCUACGCCUGUGGCUCCUACGGCCGCACCCUGGGCCUGUACGCCUGGGACGAUGGCUCGCUUCUCGCCUUGCUGGGAGGCCAUCAGGGGGGUAUCACCCACCUUUGCUUUCACCCUGAUGGCAACCUCUUCUUCUCAGGAGCCCGAAAGGAUGCUGAGCUUCUGUGCUGGGAUCUCAGGCAGCCCGGCCACCUCCUGUGGUCCCUGAGUCGGGAAGUGAGCACCAAUCAGCGCAUCUACUUUGAUCUGGACCCGAGUGGGCAGUUCCUGGUGAGCGGCAACACCAGUGGCAUUGUCUCCGUGUGGGACAUCAGCAAGGGUUUCAGCGACAGCCAGCAGCUGGAACCUGUGAUGACCUUUCUGCCCCAGAAGGACUGCACCAACGGACCUUCACCCCAGCUUGCCUCUGCUGGCCACUGCUUCCGGCCAACGCGUGUUUCCAGAGCCCACCAGUAGUGGGGAUGAAGGCGAGCCGGAGCCGGACCGUCCUCUGCUCUCCCUGUGCCACACCCACCCUGAAAGCCAGCUUCAGCUCUGGUGGUGCGGAGGGGGACCAGACCCCAGUAGCCCUGAUGACCAGGAUGAGAAGGGGCGGGGAAGGAUGGAGGGCUGUGAGCCAAUAUAAAGAGUUUGUCUUA